UAAAUCUCCCCUCCCUUCUCCUCUCUCUGUUUCUCUGUCAUUAAAGUCUCUACUCAUUUCGGCUUCGCCUUCUCUCUCUCUCUCUCUCUCUCUCUGCGCCAUGGUAGCCAUGGAAGCUUUUCGUCGUUUCCAACCCAUCUCAAAAUGCACCACCAAUGAACGACAGAAUCAAACCGUCGUUUCCGACUUAGACGGCACUCUUCUCGUGUCGCGAAGCGCUUUUCCUUACUACAUGCUCGUCGCUCUCGAAGCCGGAAGCUUUCUCCGGGGACUCAUUCUCCUCGCUUCCGUUCCCUUCGUGUAUUUCACGUACAUGUUCGUCUCCGAAGCCUUGGCGAUCAAAACUCUCAUCUUCAUCACCUUCGCCGGACUCCACGCCAGAGAUGUGGAGAUAGUGUCGAGGUCAGUGUUGCCCAAGUUCUACGCCGAGGACGUCCACCCGGACACGUGGCGGGUGUUCAAUUCGUUCGGGAAGAGGUGCAUCGUGACGGCGAGUCCAAGGUUGAUGGUGGAGCCGUUUGCGAAGACGGUUUUAGAGGCAGACAAGGUCGUAGGUACAGAGCUGAGAGCCACGAAAUCUGGGAGGACAUUGACAGGUCUUGUUAGGGAACCAGGGGUGCUGGUAGGUGACCACAAGAAAGCAGCUAUUGUCGAGGAAUUUGGAUCUGAUUUGCCAGAUCUGGGACUUGGAGACAGUGAAUCUGAUUAUCACUUCAUGUCAAUUUGCAAGGAAGGAUAUAGAGUGCCAAGAACAAAGUGCAAGCCACUACCCAGAAACAAACUUUUAAGUCCCAUUAUCUUCCACGACGGUCGUUUUGCUCAGAGGCCAACGCCUGUUAUGGCGCUUGUGACCUUCCUAUGGCUUCCCAUUGGCACCAUACUCUCCAUCUUAAGGGUAUACCUCAACAUCCCUUUACCUGAAAAGCUCGUCUGGUACAACUCCAAGCUUAUGGGAAUCAGAAUCCUCGUUAAGGGCACCCCUCCCCCUCCCCCAAAGAACGCCAAAACUGGUGUCCUUUUGGUCUGCAACCACCGUACGGUCGUCGAUCCUAUAGUUAUCGCAGUUGCUCUUAAGAGGAAAGUCAGCUGUGUCACCUACAGCAUAAGCAAGUUCAGUGAAUUAAUGUCGCCGAUCAAAACCGUUGCUCUGUCAAGAGAAAGAGAGAAAGAUGCAGAAAAUAUAAGGAGACUGCUCCAGGAAGGUGACCUCGUGAUUUUUCCUGAAGGUACCACCUGUAGAGAACCGUUUCUGUUAAGGUUCAGUGCUCUGUUUGCUGAAUUAACCGAUAGGAUCGUUCCUGUGGCUAUUAACACGAAGCAGACCAUGUUUAAUGGGACCACGGUUCGAGGGCAUAAGAUUUUGGACCCUUACUUUGUGUUCAUGAACCCUGUGCCAACAUUUGAGAUCACUUUUCUGAACCAGCUUCCACUUGAGCUCACAUGUAAGGGAGGGAAGUCGAGUUUUGAAGUUGCGAAUUACAUUCAGACAGUUCUUGCGGGGACGUUAAGGUUUGAGUGCACCAAUCUGACAAGGAAAGAUAAGUAUGCUAUGCUUGCCGGAACAGAUGGGAGAAUUGCAUCAAAGAAGGAGGAUGAGGAGGAGAAUAAGAAGGCUGCAAUGUUUGAAAUUAAUUAAGUUAUUAUAGGGACAAGAGAGAAGGUACGUCAGUACUUUGGCAGAUUGGUUAUUCAAUAUUCAUUUGUACGCUGAACUUACUGGGUCUCUAAAUGUUUAGGACUGCGUGCGUGCGUGCGUGUGUGUAUAACAUAUAUGCCAAGAAGCCAAUAAAUAUGCUGAGAUCAUAUGCGAUUGAGUAAUUAGUAAUCUAUAUGAUUCUACCAAUAUGUUGUUGUUGUGACUUAGCCUCUGAUAUAAUAAUACGAAGUAUAGGCACCGUUACUAUUGAAUUUCAGUCCA